AUGGAUAUUUCUACUGCCAACAGUGAGCCGCAGAGGACGGCCAAGGUACGAAAACGGGCGCUCAAAAUCAAUAGGACCUGCGUGCCCUGCCGUACACGCAAGAUCAAAUGCGAUGCGGCCAUGGUUGGCCUCCCCUGCGGUAGCUGCUCCGCUAGGCAGUGUAUCGAUGACUGUGUACUGCCGACCCAACCUCUAAUAUCUGUUCAUAAGACUAUAAGCGGCCCGGCCGCCUUCAACAGCAAUCCUUCAGAUAAACUCUAUCAAUCUAGUCAAGCACAACACCCCUCCAAUCCCGAUUCCCCGGACUAUGAAAGCCCACAUCAGACUGAGCCAGAUCUUCUCUACAUCAACAUUCUGAACGACGCCGUAAAAGCAUCUGCAACAUCAAGCCGGCUUCAUUCCGCUUCCGGCGCCGCGUACCGUUCAGAGAUUGAACCCAGUCUUACUCCUCGCAACUGUUGUUGGGCCAGGCUCUCCCAAUUGGAUGACAUUGACAACGAAUAUCUUGCCAAGAAGGGGGUCUUUGAUCUACCCCCACGACAUCACUUAGAUGCCCUCGUAAAAGCCUACUUUGACCACGUACAUCCUUUUCUUCCUGUAAUAAACAGAGCCGAGUUUAUCCGCGGCUAUGAGUCUGGGGACUGCUCUUUGUUCCUCCUCCGUGUUAUGCUGACACCAGCCAGCCUCCACGCGCCGGUGGAUGUAUUAUCGGCAUGUGGCUUUCCCAGCCGCUCAGCUGCGCAAGCGUCAUUCUUUGCCAAGGCCAAUCUACUCCAUGGCCUUGUCGCUGACGCCGACCCGUUGAUGAUGCUCCAAGGAUCUAUCAUCUUGUGCUCGGUGAUUCUCGACCACCCCACGAGCCGGGACUUUGGCUACUGGUUCCACAACGCCAUCAACCUCGCCAACAAGCUUAACCUACGCGAUACGUACGUGCCUCUCUCCUAUCACUUGUGCUAUGUUUUGGACAUAAUAAGAAUUGACAAAAAGCUCUUGUAUAGGUGUGUUCGAGAAAGUAAACCUCGCCGAGUCUUGAAGCUAUAUCGAAGGAUGUGGUGGGCUCUAUACGCAAAUGUAUUUCACGUUUUUGCCAAUACCAGGCGCCAUAGACUGCUCGCAAAUACCGCUACAAUCAAGCCUAGGACGGAAGAUGACUGGGAAGCAGAUGAUCUCUCCGCAGCAUCGUCCGGUGGCAUAUUAUCUACCGUCACUCCCCAGCAAAAAGUUUUGCCAAUCGUCCAUUGCGAGUUAUCUCUUAUCUUUGGGCAGUGCUUGUCCGAUGUGACGAGCAAGCCACAGCAAGAUCCUCGCCAAAUUAUGCACUCGCUCGAUACAUGGAGGAAGUCCCUCGCUGCCAAGAUGCAUGUCAGCGAGGAUACUGGAACUGAUGUUUACUAUCUAAAUAUACAAGCAAUGAGCUACAGGUUUGAGUGCGUCUUGUGUCGUCUUAUGCGCCGUGUUUGGCAGCAAUCCCAGCAUACGGACUGGAGCGAAUGGGUCAAAGUACGGCUGCGGUCAACUAUCCUUGAACUGGACACGAUUGCGAUGAGGGUGUUCAGUAGUGGCACCCUUCGGAAUUUCCCCAUGUCUUUUAUCACGACUCUGGCCGCCCUGCUCGCUCUUCACAUCGAAUCGGCUCUUGACCUAACCGAAACAGACCUCAUACGUUCCAUGGCUCGGAUAUCCAUCAACCAGAUAAUGAUUAUUCUCAGCCACGGAAAGGAAAUACCUGCACUGAAGAGAGCACUUCCAGUAUUUGAGGAGGUCCUUGCAAAGAAAAACCUGUCUUUGAUUUCGCUCAGCAGCCUGCAUCAAGAAUCUGUCCAGCCGCAGUCGCAAGACAACACCAUCGACGCUUACACUUCGCCGCACACACAGAUGGCCGCAGAUUCGUCUCAAUCAGAGCCGCCCGUGAAUAACCUGUCCCCCAAUGUAGAUUUUCUAGGGUUUGAUUUCUUGGAUGAGUGGCAGAUUGGUGAGCUAGAGUUCACUGAUUGA